AUGUCGACGACGGCGGGGGCGUAUCUGCAGGCGCUUCUUGCGCUGUCAGGUAAGCCGCAUCUGUCCAAUGCCCGCCACAAUCUUCUACGAGAUGUUAGCGAUCGAGACCUAUUAGACCUCAUCCUACAGGCUACCGGAGGAAACUUUCCACGCGAGGGAUUGGAGCACGCCGUACUCAGGAUGCUGGAUGCAAUGGAUAGAAAUGGAACAAUGACAGGCCAAAUAGACGAAAUCUCUGGACUGCUCCAUGAUCCGAAGCACGUGGAGCGUCAGAGUAAUACCGGAACUGUCCAAGGUAAGAUUAACAUCCUCUUUUAUCGACAGACGGUAUCUGAUUUCAGCGCAGAUUUGAUCGAUUUCUCUGACGUGACGUCACUCACUCUAUCAGUGGAGCACUUGACAAUAAAUGACAGGAGCGAGAAUUAUGCUCAACUAGACGAACCAACAACUAGCUCGUCUGACCUUGUGAGAAUUCCCGCCGAAGUGACGCAAGUAUACCAACAGCACAUACACGCUUCCGAACAAGCAAAAGACGAAAUCAGCGCGCCUAUCCAAAAUAUUAAAAUCGACGAGAACGAUCUCCCCGAGGAUGAGCAACUCCGUCUCAUCUACUCAUCCAAUGUACAAAAAAAGUCAAAAUCCUCCGCCAGGACUGCGGGAGAGUUGACGGUGCCCAUGGACAACAUAGUCCUAUGGUGCCCAACCAUAGACAACGCUGGCACCUGGGUUUUCUUAGACAAGGCGACCCAACAACUGCAGACGCAAGUGAAAACCAGAUUUGAAGCGGAUUUCCUGGCAAAGCUAUACCUACACAAAAAACUUGGCCAGUUGCUGCGCAAUCUAGGCGCCCAUCUCACACACGGCUAUUGUGUCAGCAAACGCCUAUCUGCUAGUCAAAGAAGAGGAGCUUGUGAAUAUACUAGAGCAGAGGGGAAUAAUAAGAGGGCUUGUGAUUUCUGCAUCAAGAUGCAUCGACUUUGUUUGAAGCCGGCGAUGCUUGAUGGUGCUAUGAGAUUGGCAUUGUAUCCAUUGCCGAGCUCAUUUCGUGGUGCGGAGACGUGGGAGGAUAUUGGAUUUUGGCUUCAGAAGUGA